GUUUCUACGUCUCCACCUGAUACCUGUCCUCCAGAUGAGACUGUACAUACAGAAAAAGAGGAGGAACCCCAUCAGAUAGAGACUGAAGAAGCAGAUGAAGAGGAGGAACCGGUGAAGUCCUUCAAGAAGAACCAGAGAUGGCCAGAGCCAGGAGAGCCCGUGUGUGUCAUGUGCGGUCGAUAUGGAGAAUACAUCUGCGAUAAAACAGACAACGAUGUCUGCAGCCUGGAGUGUAAAGCCAGUCAUCUGGCUAAAAUGUGCUUGGAUUUCGGAGAGAAGGUGUUUUCUAUAGAUCUGCAGGAGGGUUCAGAGAGCUCUAGUGCAGCAGACACGGAGCUCAGUUACUCUUACAAGGAGGAUGUGUUCAUAUCUGAACUGACUGAGGAGCAGGUUGAGAGGGUUAAAACCGAGCUGGCGAUAGUGACUGCUGGCACUGAGGUCUGUAGACCCAUUAUAGAGUUUGAACACUGUAACUUUCCCACAGCGCUCAGGCUCAACCUGAAGAAAGCCGGGUAUGAGGCUCCCACUCCCAUCCAGAUGCAGAUGCUGCCUGUUGGUUUGAAUGGCAGAGAUGUGAUUGCCUCUGCAGAUACAGGCUCUGGAAAGACAGUUGCCUUCCUUCUUCCAGUGGUCAUGCAUGCUCUCCAG